GAAUCUUAAAAAAAAAUGGAGUGUCUACACUUAGUUUUGAUGGUGGCGAUGACGACGGUGGUGGUAAUGUAUGGCGAGGGCGAUUUAAAGACCGGCUUCUACUCUUCAUCGUGCCCAAAAUCCGAGUCGAUCGUGCGGUCCACCGUGGAGAAGUACUUGGACAAAGACCCCACUCUUGCUGCUGCCUUGCUUCGCCUCCAUUUUCAUGAUUGUUUUGUUCAAGGUUGCGACGCGUCGGUUCUGAUCGAUUCGCCUUCAUCAGAGAGAAAAGCGUUUCCUAAUCUGGGGCUGAGAGGCUUCCAAGUGAUUGAUGGUGCCAAGUCUCAGCUUGAGGCCGCAUGCCCUGGCGUCGUCUCCUGCGCUGAUAUCCUCGCACUGGCUGCUCGCGACGCGGUCGAUUUAAGUGGUGGCCCAAGCUGGGGAGUGCCGACUGGGAGAAGAGACGGCCGCGUUUCUUUGUCGUCCGAUGCCUCCAACUUGCCCGGCCCUGCGGACUCUGUUGCUGUCCAGAGGCAGAAGUUUGCAGCCAAAGGCCUAGAUGACCAUGAUCUUGUCACACUAGUUGGAGCACAUACGAUAGGGCAAACGGACUGUCUGUUCUUUCGAUAUCGACUCUACAACUUCACUGUAACGGGGAGUGCGGAUCCGAGCAUAACCCAAGCGUUCCUGCAGCCGUUGCAAACGCUCUGCCCAAAAGCCGGCGAUGGCUCGCAGAGAGUGGGUCUUGACAAAGACAGCGAGCUGAAAUUUGAUGUCAGUUUCUUCAAAAACGUUCGAGAUGGCUAUGGCAUUCUGGAGUCGGACCAGAGGCUGUGGGGCGACGCGUCCACGCGACGAGUGGUGGAGAAUUAUGCGGGGAAUGUGAGAGGUUUGCUUGGUGUUAGGUUCAAUUUUGAGUUCCCAAAAGCUAUGAUCAAAAUGAGCACCAUCGAUGUCAAGACUGGUGCUCAAGGGGAGAUUAGAAAGAUAUGUUCCAACUUCAAUUGACUCGAUCAUCUACAUUCAUUUCCAUCAUCUAUUAAUGAUUAGUUAUAUUUUUCUAAUUAA